AAGUUUUGAAGUCUGAAACCUUCCCUUUUAUAUUCUCACUACUACCGCACUGCAUGCAAAUUUCUAAGUACACUUUGGACAAAUGUUCAGCUCACUUACUCGAAACAAGAUGUAUUUACCAAAUCAUGAAGAAGAAAGGUUCGUGGCAUCUUUGAGGAAACCACAGAAACUUGAGGCUACCCUAGAAACUUUUAGUCCGCACAUUCUCCUGUAGAAGUAUUCGUUCCAUAGGGAAGAAUGCAAAGAGAUCCACACUGAUUUCGAUUUGGAAGAGGGGUGGCGAAUUAACUGCAUGCACUUGCCCUUACAUGUUGUAAGUUAAUAGGUUCGUGCGACCAAAAACGAGGAAUCCAACAAUCAGUACUCAAAAUUGUUAAUUUGACAUGCAUGGUGUGCGUGCCAUACUCUCGUGUCGGAUGCGGCUUCCCUAAUCCGUGUGACUAGAGGUAACAUAGGAGGGGAGGUGGAUGGCAUGGUAUGUUGGUGUGAGUGCUGUCUGUAUAUGAUAUCUGCAUUCCCCACUCUGGUUUUUAAUUUCAGCCCUGAGCCUUCUUGCAGCUCUUUCCAAUGUCUUUUUGAUAGGGGUUCUUUGACUUGGAGAUGUAGUGAAUAAUCGAGACAACUCCAGAGCUAAACAUUUGCACCUGAGCCGACGAGACAAAAGGACAGACUUAAACCUACAAUCCUCUAUCAUCACAACACAACAUAAGAUACACCCACAAUGGUGAAGCUUACGAAUAACGAUUGGGCCGAUCUCACGCCUGGCAAGCCAUUUGUUCUUCAGUGGGCGUAUGAAAUAGAGCAGAAACCAAACGACUACACAUAUCAACAAAAUGUAACAAUUGACCUACAUUUAGAACCUCCGAUACUAGCUGGUUACUACCACGACAUAUGGAUCGCUGGUACGUCCUAACCACCCCCCAAUUCGCCCUCCAUGUCCUGAUAUAAAUUCCUCUGACAAUGAUAACAGAGACCUCUGGAGCGGACACCAAUUCAAUCUUUGGACAAAGCUACAAUUGGGAUGUCCCAAGUAACCUACCCUAUGGCCAAAUCUGCCACUUCAUCAUCUCAGAGGCGGGAUUCCCAGCAUCAACGACCGACAUAAAGAUAUCCCAAUUACCCACCACCCGAUCGAAGUCCCCUAAAACAAUUCAAUACUGCUAUGAUGAGGCAGCUCAUAAUUGCAUCGACCCGCCAACCUCGACGGAAACACCACCUGCGAGUUUAUUUUCAAGUGCAGCAAAUUCAGGUUCAAACUCUAUCGCCGAUGUCUCACCCACUACACUAGCAACUCAGACAAUUCCUAACAGCAUACCCCCUCCCACCUCAAUACCUACCUCCCUAUCAACCUCUCAAGACCCGGAUUUACAUACCCUCUCCUCCGGCGCGAAAGCAGGAAUUGCAAUCGGCGCAGUAUUUGGUAUAAUCGCCUUUGCCAUACUAGGUUUCUUCCUCUACAAAUACGGCCAGAGAAGAGCAUUGGAAAAAGAUAAUACGACGAAGUACUUCAAAGGAUGGACGGCUUUUGGAAAGAGCAGCGGGAAGGGCGGUGCGAAUGAGGAGUUUGUGGGUGGUAGUGGGAAGGCGGAGAUGAGUGCUGAGUCGGCGGUUAAGGAUGGUGGGAGGAAUGAAUUGGAUGGUACGCCUGCGCCUGCUUAUGUUGAGCGGUUUCCUUCUGUUGCUGGUGCUGGGGAGCAUGGGGGUGGGAAUGGAGGUUAUGUUGAUUCUGGGAAGGAUGGGUUUAGGGCUGAGUUGGUUGGAAGUAUGGUUUGGGGUGAUGAUAUUGAGGCUGCUCCUGUGGCGACUAAUGGUGGGAAGAUUGAGGGUGUUGGUGGUGAGAAUGAAGCUCAAAAUGUCGCUGAGAGCGAUAAAGCAGGUAAUGGAGUUAGUAAGGAGCCGAACGCGGCUACAAUUGAUACCAGCGAGGAAACUUCAAGCGAUCAUUGAAUGUCAUCGAUGCUUACGUUUGUAGAUAGCACCAACCUUACAUGUGCAAAAGAUUCUUAGAAAUGAAUCAUAUGAUGAUACC